AUGAAUCCAAACAGACCAGCCAAACACGUCAUAACAAAACAAAACUUAGUGGACCCCACGUCAUGUCCCACUCCCUCUACUGCACACUCCUCUUCCCAAUGUCACUACACGGCUACUUUCUACUCACCGCAACGCAACCUUAAAUACGAUACACUCCAAGGUUUUUUCUGCUUCACUUCUUCAACUCCCUUAUUCCUUCCAGCCAAGGAAAUAUUGGUUGGAGGUAAGACUGAUGCUUGGAGGAUUCCAACCUCUGAAUCAGACUCACUCAACCAAUGGGCAGAAAAAUCUCGUUUCCAAGUUGGCGACUUUCUUGUUUGGAAAUAUGAUGGUGGGAAAGACUCAGUUUUGCAAGUGAGCAAAGAGGAUUAUGCCAACUGCAGCAUCUCAAACCCCAUAAAGGAUUACAGUGAUGGGACCACCAAGGUGAAGCUUGACCAUCCUGGGCCAUUCUACUUCAUCAGUGGGGCAAAGGGUCACUGUGAGAAGGGUCAGAAACUGGUUGUAGUGGUUUUGACUCCAAGGGGAAGGUCCAGUGCCAUUGUUUAUUCACCAGCACCUGCUCCUGCACCAUCUUCAUCUUCAGAGUUUGAAGGUCCUGCCGUUGCUCCCACUAGCAGUGCCACUGCUUUGCAUGGGGGCUUUGUGAUUGUGGCCCUCGGAGUGGUUGCAGUGUGGGGGUUUUCUAUGUGA